AUGGCCCCCGGCCUCGCAAGACCAGCCCUCGCGCUGGCUGUGGCAGCUGGCCUGCUAAGCUUUGGCGUUUACUUCUUCAUGGGACCAUCUGCCCAGCUUCAAUUGCACCUGCUUCCAUCCUUAGAGUUGUGCUUUCAGACUAUUUUGGCCGCCAUUAUGCCUGCAGCCAAGACCAAGUCUGGCUUUCGCCAGAUCCAGAGCUUCGAGACGGAUUAUGCGCCUUGCAAAAUCACGCAGUAUGUUUCUGAGAGGAGUGGUAUGCAGGUGGUUGUUGCCGAUCGUAAAGGACCCAAAGUCAACGGCUACUUCGCAUUAGCCACGGAAAUUUUUGACGACUCUGGCGCCCCGCACACCCUUGAGCAUCUUGUCUUCAUGGGCUCAAAGAGUUUCCAGUACAAGGGUCUCCUCGAUAAACUCGCCUCGCGUGCCUACUCAUCUACAAAUGCAUGGACAGCUACGGAUCACACUGCCUAUACCAUUGACACCGCUGGCUGGGAUGGAUUUGCUCAGAUCCUUCCGCUUUACCUGGAGCAUAUCCUCUUGCCUACCAUCACUGAUGAUGCUGUCACAACCGAAGUCUGGCACAUUGAUGGUGAAGGCAAUGAUGCUGGUGUUGUCUACUCGGAAAUGCAAGCCGUUCAAUUCCAGAGCUCAGAGAUAAUGGAUCUCAAGGCCCGUCGAAUCCUGUACCCAGAGAAUGUGGGAUUCCGAUACGAGACUGGUGGUAUGACGGAGGCUCUCCGUGUGUUGACCCCCGAGCGCAUUCGUCAGUUCCACAAGGAUAUGUAUCAGUCCCGCAACCUUGUUCUUGUGAUCGUUGGAGAGACAAAUCACGAAGACCUUCUUAAGAUUCUCGAUGAGUUUGAAGAGAGCAUCAAGGACGAAAUCCCACCCCUCGAUUCUCCUUUUAAGCGACCAUGGAUCGACUCUGCCCAGCCAGAGCCCCUCAAAGAGACUGUCAUUACCACAGCUGAAUUCCCCGAAGAGGAUGAAUCUGUUGGUGAGAUUCUGGUCGGCUUCUUCGGCCCAGAUUGCAUGAACAUCACUGAUAUCUCUGCUGUGAGCAUCGUUUUGACAUAUCUCUGCGGCUCAUCUGUGUCCAUAUUGGAAAAUAUCAUGGUGGAGAAGGAGGAGCUUGCUAGCUCUGUCUCAUAUUGGUGCGACCUUCGUCCUCACAGCGUCAUCUGGCUUCAACCUACUGGUGUUGCUACAGAGAAGUUGGAAUUUGUCGAGAAGCGGCUUUUUGAACUUCUUAAAGAAGUUGUUUCGAAACCUUUGGAUAUGAACUACAUGAGGGAAUGCAUCCUCAGGGAGAAGAGGAGAGUCAAGUUCUAUGCCGAAAUCUCGGAGUCCUACUAUGCAACCAAUAUCAUCAAUGACUAUCUCUUUGGUAAACGAGAUGGAUCAUCUCUCAAGGAUAUGAAGUCCUUGGACGAGUAUGAUGCACUUGAGAAGUGGACAGAUGAUACUUGGCGUGAGUUCAUCCGAUUCUGGUUCGCUGAUGCCAAACACGUUUCGGUCCUCGGAAAGCCAUCGCUUGCGCUUGCCGAAAAGAUGAAGGCUGAGGAGAAGGCUCGUGUUGAGACGCGCAAGAAGGAACUUGGAGAAGAUGGGAUAAAGAAACUGGGUGAACGACUUGAGUCGGCAAAGAGCCAUAAUGAUGCGCCGAUUCCUCCUGCUGUGCUAGACCAAUGGAGUGUCCCGAGUACCGACUCUAUUCAUUUUAUUGAGUCGGACACAGCUCGCUCUGGACACGCCAGGGCCAUUGGACUCGGUACUGGCCCCGCACAGAAGUUGAUUGACCAGGCACCAGAAGGGAAACUCCCUGUAUUCGUCCAAUUUGAAGAUGUGCCCUCCAACUUUGUGCACAUCACCGCCCAUAUCGGGACUACACAAGUACCGGUCGAGUUGAAGCCUUUGACUACAAUGUUCACCGAUAACUUUUUCAACACCCCCAUCAAACGUGAUGGCGAGAUUAUUGGUUUUGAACAGGUAGUCAUGGAGCUUGAGCGUGAUACAGUUAGCUAUAGUUUGUCUGCUCGUGGAUUAGGAGACGCAGGGAGCAUGGUUCUGUCAAUCUCGGUUGAGCCCGACAAAUACAAGGCUGCUAUCGAUUGGCUGAGAACACUUGCGUUUGACGCUGUCUAUGACCCUCAACGGAUCAAGGCCGCUAUUUCCAAAGCAAUUGCCGAUAUUCCAGAAAACAAGCGCGAUGGAAGAGGAAUGUCGAACGAGAUUGAUGCUGCCAUUCACCUUGACCACUCGUCCUUACCAGUUGCUAGGCGCACUUUAGUCAAGGCUGUAUAUCUCAAACGCCUUAAGAAGGUCCUCGAAAAGGAGCCCGAGAAGGUUCUGGGCUGGUUUGACGAUCUCCGAAAGUCCCUUUUCACCUUCGAGAACAUGCGAUUCCUUGUUACCGCUAAUGUGGCUUCUCUUCCCGACCCUGUUUCCUCAUGGGAUGUGCUUUCCGCAUCACUCACAGCCAAGGAUGAGAUGGUACCUAUCUCCAAGACAUCAUCGAUGUUGAGCGAAGAAGGAAAGAACCCAGGCUCUGUUGGAGCAAUCAUUGUACCCAUGACCUCCCUUGAGAGCUCAUUUACUGUUAGCACUUCGCCGGGACUGCUAUCAUACUCAGACCCAAGGCUCCCUUCCAUCAUGGUUGCUAUUGCCUACCUUGAGACUGUCGAAGGCCCUCUCUGGAAUGCUGUUCGUGGCGCUGGCUACGCAUAUGGAGUCUUCUUCUCUCGAAGUGUAGACUCGGGUACUUUGACAUACAGGGUCUACCGUUCCCCUGAUGCUUCCAAGGCUAUUAUUGCCUCUCGGGACUGCAUCCGCAAAAUUGCGAAUUCCGAGGUCGAGGUCGAUAAGCAUCUCCUCGAAGGAGCCAUCAGUGGAAUUGUCACCAUGUUCGCCGAAGAACAGUCUACUAUGCCUAGUGCAGCCCAACAGAAUUUUGUGCAGUCGGUGAUUCGCGAUCUGCCCACAGACUGGAAUAAGGACAUUUUGAAGCGUGUCCGCAACGUGACGGUGGACGAAAUCAAGAAAAUCAUGACUGAGAUGAUAUUGCCUUGCUUCGAGCCCGGAAAGAGCAACGUGGUUAUUACAUGCGCUAAAUUGAUGGUGGAGGGCUUGGAAACGGCUUUCAAGGGAAUGGGAUACAAGGUUCAGACCCGCGAACUAAGCCACUUCCACGAUGAUUACGGAUUCAAGACUGGUUAUGACGACGAAGACGAAGAGGAAUCCGAAGAGGAAGAGGAGGGUGAAUAUGAGGAUGGAGAUUCCGAAGGCGAUUCGGAGGAGGACUAG